GCGGCGAAUUCGCUUGGUUUUUUUGCUAUUUCUCUACUGAGAUAUUUACAUUCUAUAUAACCACCCAUGGUACAUACCACUGCUUCUCUUGCAUUAAACAGCACACAGAAGCUCAUCCCAGCGUCUGCUUACUUUUUCUAGCAUUAUGGCCGAAGUUGUAGGGCUGGUGGUCGCCGCCAACUCUUUGGCUAAGACUUGUUCGACUGUUUGGAAACUUGUGAAGCUGAUGAUUAAAAUAGGCCGAGAGGCCCCGGGAGCCGUGGAGGAGGAGAUCAGAAGCUACCGCCUCAUGUUGAAGACAUGUUUCACCGCUGUUCAAUCUGCGCAAAUCUCUCUUGAGGCGCGCUGGUCAGACGAAGAGUCCUCUUGUACGCCCGCGAUGAAGUACUUGAAGAAAACCAAUUUCCUGCGUGACAUCGAACGUCUCGCUCGAGAAAUACGACGCAAGAUGGCGGAUCUUUUUGAGAGGACCGCGGAACUCCCAAGUAGUUGGCAGUUGUGGGUCAAUUACAAAUGGCAUCGACUCAAACCGGACUUCACUGCUCUUUUACCAUUCAUGGAAACACUCAAGUCGGACCUGGUAUUGGCCCAGAGUACCUUGAAGCUUGAGUCGCUCUAUACAAGACAGUCUAAGGAACAAAAAUCUCCAACAGGGGAGAUGACGUUCAUCAUGGCAGAAAUCAAAGAAAUAAAACAUGAUAUGGCUCAGUUUGUCGAUAUGCUCCAUGACCUCCAAUAUCAACGCCACAUCAGUAUUGAAGGAGAAAGCGGGACAGUUGACCAGAACUCGGUCCUGGCAUAUCUCGCAGAUUCAAUGAUCAAAAAGGGCGUAGUACCCGCGUCCCCUCCGCCACGAGACUACAAGAUUCCCAAGCAACCGGACCUCAAUCUUCGCCGCCGGUCACGACGGCGGCGACACUCUACUCGUGAUCAAUAUCGUUACCGAUACGGAGAGAUAUCGCCACCCUCAUCGCAGCCAUCGACACUACUUUCCUCAGAGCCAGCAACGCUACCCUCGUCGGAGCCAACAACUCCAAGCUCAACCGGCCCUGGGGAGAUAUCCCCUUGGAGACAAGUGCCACCUCGGCUGAACUCUUCACCAUCCCGCAGCAGAUCUUCACCAAUCUCAGCGAGUAAAGAAGUAUCUCAUCCCCUCAAAUACGUCGCUUUUUCCAAGCCAGACGCAGUAACGCGACGGCGGAAGGACCACAGCUCCAGCGUUAACAAUGACCUGGCUCCUCGAAUGAGCGUGAAAUCCAGCACGUUACCGCCAGUGGAACAGAAGAAAAAGAUAACCACAAUGCAUGGGAAGUACAAGAUAAAAGCAGUGGAAGAGAAUCCCACGCCACCAUCAGUAGAGGAGAAACCCAAAACAAUAGCAGCAGAAGAGAAACCGAAAACCGUACCCUGCCCUUCAGGCUUCACCCCGACAAGGCUACAAUUCGAGCUGGAUUCCCCCCACACUCGAAUCCUCGCCUCUCGCCACCGCGCCAACAAGCCUAUCUCUGGUCACAUUGGCAGCCACACCAAAGCAUACUGGCCCCAGGAUGCACACCUCCACCCGUCUGGCAACGUGAACAUCAUCUCUGCUGACACAGCAAUGAAGUUGGGUUGGGAACCGCCUGUUAGUGAGAUUAGUAGGACGCUGUACACCUCCUAUGGAAAGAAUGGACGGACAGAGGUGUAUGGGACUAUUGCGAUGGAAUUCGUGAUCCCUGGGGUGGUGGAGCUUCGGGAUAGUUUUGAUUUUACGGUGUGCGGGGGGCUUUUGAAAGGGUAUGAGGUAGUUUUGGGGAUGGAUGUGCAGCAGUGGUUGAUGCGGAGGGGGGAGGAACAAGAGAUGGGGAUGAGGGUGAAGGGGGUGAGGGAUGAGGAUAGGGAUGUGAGUAAGACGGUCUCGGACUUGGAAGGGAAAAUACACAGCGGUUCAAGAAUAAGGGGUCAGGGGUAG